AUGACAGGUCUAUUCACUUAAGCAAAUUGGACAUAUAAAACUCUUUAAUAGUCUUCAUAGAAGCCAAAUGAUUUCUAAAAGGAUUUUCUCCAAUAUCAAAUGGCUCACUUUAUAAAUUAUUCUAUAAGUGGAUUUUUUUUCCCCAUUACAACCAGUGUAUUGCUGUCAGGAUUAUUAGUUUUGAGACAAUACAACUAUUAUAUCGAUUAUGAAUAGGAGAAAUAAAAAUACUUUAAAUAUGCCCAGAUAUCAUUGAUUGGGAUCAUAAGUCUCUUAGGUUUGAGUGUACCAGGUAGAUAUAUUUUAUUGAAUAAACAUCGUUGA